AUGACACCAUUAAUGUUGGCGGCUUGGAGAGGACACCUGGAGGUGGUAACUUACCUGGUCACUCACGGCAGUCAGUUAGACGCUACAGACACCUUGUUUGGAAGGACACCAUUAAUGUUGGCGGCUCGGGACGGACACCUGGAGGUGGUGACCUACCUGGUCACUCAGGGCAGUCAGUUAGACGCUACAUCUACCAUGCGUGGACAAACAGCUUUACAUUAUGCUGCUGAGAAUGGACGGAUUGAUAUAACAAAAUGUUUAAUAGAUCAAGGAUGCAGUCCUUGGUUGAAAACAAAACAGGGUAAUACUCCUUAUGAUCUGGUAAAAAUAGGAAGCUUUGAUGAUGAAGAGUCAAAAAGGAAGAAGGAAGAAGUGAUGGACUUCCUUAAGACUGUCAUGUCAAAGACAUCCCCAGAAGUAACUCCUGACACCCAUUUACAGGAACCUGCAGCACCAGUAGUUGAAGAUUCCAUCGGAAAAGGGCAACAGUCUGCCAUGUUAAAUCGUUUAUUAGGGAAGGGCAGCUAUGAAUCAUUUGAUAUGAGAUGCAUGGUAACCGGUCAAUUUUCUGUUGGGAAAACGACUCUUGUGAAGCUGUUAGCUGGGGAUGUCCUACCAGAAGGGCGACAUCCAACUGAUGGGAUUUCUCUGGUAGAAGGUCGCUGUGGCCUCGACAUUCAGUCAAAAGAGUGGAUUCUUGUUGAUCCAGACUCUUACAAUGCCCUAGAUGUUGUGUACCAUAAGGUUUUAAUGACCUCUCUGGAAGAAGAGGAGGAGAGUGAAGUUACCAACAAAGCUUCAGAUACAAGCCCAACUGGUUAUGCCAAAGCUACACUUUCCUCUUUGCCCUCAGACCAUUCUGCAACAGCACAAUCUCUACCAUCUACGAAAUCCUCCAAUGUGCCUCACACAGUAAACCAGAUGGAACAGAAAAUGAGAACAAGAAUGACUAAAGAAGAAAUAAGAAAGAAAAUGGAAAAAGUCCUCAAAAGUGGGAAGUAUAAAAUGAAAGUUGGACGUCUUAUCUUCUGGGAUUUUGGUGGACAAUACGUUUAUUUAACAACACACCAGACCUUCAUGACAUUCCGAGCGUUGUUUCUUGUAGUAUUUGAUGGGAGCAAAGAUUUGCAUGAACAGGUCCCUGAUGUGAUGUGUUUUCCAGGGCAGCACAUGACGCCAACGCCAGCAGUAUUCUUGCAGUAUUGGGUCAAUUCCAUCCUGACCUAUUGUAAGGUUGUAUAUGCAGGCAUUCCAAAGAUUUUGUUUGUUGCCACUCACAAAGACAAAGUACCAUUGGAGAAUAUUGCGACCAGACGUGAAGAGCUUUACAGAGGAAUUGAGGAAUUGUUUAAAGACCACGAGGGAAAACAUCAUCUGGUCCUUAGACCUCUAAUAUUUGUCAAUGCCAAAGAUCAAGCCGACCCAGAAAUAGAAGUUCUGAAGAAAACAAUAACAGAACUAACAUUCGACCACCCAUGCUGGGGUGAAAGGAUGCCGAAUGCAUGUGUUCCACUGGAGCUUGAGAUCGCUGAACUAGUGGCAGAAGGAAAGCAAAUAAUGUCAUUGGCUGAAGUUAAAUAAUUAAAU